GCAAGCCGACGGAGGACGGGAUGAGCUCUCCCGCAGCGCGCUCGCACGGGCCGCUCGCGCUCCUGGGCCUCCUCUUAUGCCUUUGCGGGAGCUUCCCCGGGGGGGAGGGCUUCAGGAAGAGAGGACCCACCGUGACCGACAAGGUAUUCUUUGAUAUACAGAUUGGUGGUCAAGAUGCUGGCAGAAUUGUAAUUGGCCUGUUUGGAAAAGUAGUACCAAAGACUGUAGAAAACUUCGUUAAACUUGCAACUGGAGAAAAAGGUUUUGGCUACAAAGGAAGCAAAUUUCAUCGUGUAAUCAAAGAUUUCAUGAUUCAGGGAGGUGACUUCACAGCUGGAGAUGGCACUGGAGGGAUGAGCAUCUAUGGAAAUAGGUUUCCUGAUGAAAACUUUAAACUAAAGCACUAUGGUAUUGGAUGGGUCAGUAUGGCUAAUUCUGGUCCACAUACUAAUGGUUCCCAAUUCUUCAUUGCUGUGACAAGGCCCGGCUGGUUAGAUGGAAAGCAUGUAGUAUUUGGAAAAGUCAUUGAUGGAAUGUCAGUAGUGCACAAUAUAGAACUUCAACCAACUGAUGACCAUGACCGACCUCUUCAAGACUGUGUGAUUGUUAACAGUGGAAAAAUAGAUGUAAAAGAACCCUUUGUGGUUGAAGUAGAUGACUGGAUAAGUUGACAGCAACACGAGCAAAAGAACUGCAGUGGUUAUGCAAUGCUUUUGGAAGGCAAUUCAGCAAGCGCACAGGUAAUAUAAAUCAAGAGGAUAUUAAAUCAAGAGGCACUGAAGACUACGUGUGCUGCCUUCCCUUGGGAGUGAUAGUUUUAUGAAAAGCAGCACAACAACAAAAAACAUUAAAUAUGUAUUGAUUUAAGUAGUUGAAAAAUAGCUAGUUUUCCUGUUCUAUGAGUUACAUAUGAUACCAUUAACAGCUGCUCCUCACUUGUUGGUCACCCAUCAGGGUUUCACCUCACUAUAUGUUUCUAAAGCGGCAGUUAAGAUACUUAUAAAAUGCCUGCUUACUGGAAACAUGAUAGAGUGGUCAUUUUCACUGAGAAAUUGAUUCUUAUUCAACCAGGACCUGCAAAGUCACUUGAAGUGCUGCUUUUUUAAUUUUAAGAACAUGCCAGUGGAAAAAGAAAUACUAUCUCCACUUUAGACACAUGAUACAGCACCAGCAACUUUCCCCAGAAAGUUCUCUUUCAAAUGAAAUUGACAUGAACACCCUUUAUUAAAGUGAGUCCAUCUUAACUCCAAAUACAUUUCCUUGCAAACAUUAUGAACAUACUUAUUUACUAUGCCACAUAAAGUUUCAGUUGCAACCUGUUAAAAUAUUAUUGUUAAAAAUACAUUAUGUAACUUGUUUACUCACUAAUAUGCAAUGAUAUAUAAACAUUAAACUGGCUAAAAGAAAUGA